CUCAUCAGUGUGGCAACAUGGCAACGAACUCUGGGUGGAGGCUACUCUGGCUGUGCUUGACCCUUGGCCUGCUCCCUGGCCUGAGUCAUCAGGCGUCGAUCGCCGAGAAUGACUACUAUACGGCCGGAGUGGUGGAGUUCCGGCACACAGUGCUCAGCACCUCCGCCUGGUCGGACAAUCUGGCCGGCUAUCUAGAGAUCGUACAGUCGGCGAAUGCCAGCGAGACGGACAUCAUUGUGUUUCCGGAGCUGACGCUGAACAGCUUGGGUCCGCAGACAUUUGUGCCGGAGCCCAAGGACCAGAUCGCCCCCUGCCUGGCCGAUCCCAGUGCCACGCACUACGCCGAGUUCCUGGUGGCCCUCUCCUGUGCCGCUCGCAACGCCAGCAAGUACCUGGUGAUCAAUGUGUCGGAGCAGAAGCUGUGCACGGACACGCCCGAGGAUCCACGGCCCUGUGCCGCCAAUGGCCUCAAUAUCCACAAUACCAAUGUGGUCUUCGAUCGCCAGGGGGUGGUCAUCUCCCGCUACCGGAAGGUGCAUCUCUAUGGCGAGAACAGGAACAGCACCUACCAGCCGGAGCUGGAGACCUUCGAGACGGACUUUGGCGUCACCUUCGGCCAUUUUAUCUGCUUCGAUAUCUUGUUCUAUACCCCGGCCCAUCAGCUCAUCCUGGAGCAGGGCAUCACGGACUUUGUCUACCCGUCCAUGUGGUUCUCCCAGCUGCCAUUCCUCACAGGGGUGCAAACACAGCUGGCUUGGGCCUAUGCAAACGAUGUGAAUAUGCUGGCCGCCGGCGCCAGUCGUCCUCUGGUGGGCAGCAGUGGCUCUGGCAUCUACCAUGGACGCGAGGGAGCCCUCACCAGCGUGAUGGUGCAGGGCACCGGCGAGCGUAGCCUCCAUGUGGCACAGGUGCCCAAGUAUCCGGCGCGACGAGCCACACGUCGGCGGCGGCAGAGGCGAGAUCUGAGCGGCGCCAGAGAGGCGAUCAGCAGCUCGAGCUUCACCAUGAAACGGGACUACCUGGAGAACUACCAGAGCGAGCUGCUCUCGAUCGUGGCAAACCAGUCCGGCAGUCUCACGCGGGACAUCUGCCAUGAGAAGUUCUGCUGUCACUUUGACAUGGAGUGGCGCCCAGUGGAGGGCGGCGGUGGGGGAACAGCGAACUACCGGCUGGGGGCCUACGAUGGCUGGCGCAACGAGGCGUCGGUGGACGCCAAUUACAUACGCAACUGUGGCCUCUUCGCGUGCUCGGGCCCCACCAUCGAAGAGUGCGGCGGUCUGCUGCCCGCGGAGCAGCAAGGGCCGGUCUCGGCCUUCACCCGUCUGGAGAUCGGGGCCACCUAUCCGGAGUCGAGCGAGUUCCUCCUGAUGCCGAGCACCGUGCUGGAUAGCCUCCUGCCCCUCCAGCCAUCGCAGUUCGAGUGGUCGCAGCAGAAGCCAUCAGAGAACAGCUAUCAGCACGAGGUUCGCUUUGCCCUGCGCGACUCGGCCGAGGCCGGCAAACUCCUGACCUUUGCCAUCUACGGCAAUUACUACGAUGAGACGUGUACCUUUGGCGUCGGCUCCGAGGAGCAGCAAGUGGCCUGCGGCUAUAAGAAUGGAUCGACUCGGCUCGUGCUCUUUGCCGCUGGUCUGCUCCUGCCACUGCUACUCCUCCUGCGGGGCUGAUCAACCGCUAGGAUAUUCUUUAAUUCUAUAAUUUUUUUGGUUUUUUUUUAAGAGGAAUCGAACGGGGUGUGCUCAUAUAUAUUUACCAUAAACUGCAAUUUAAAAUUUA